AAAAUAAUAAUUUCAGUCAAUUAAGAUUUCAACAAACAAAAUACACAUACUUAUACUUGGCUAUAUAUAUGUAUCUAUCAUUAAAAUCAUAAUACUAAUAAGGAAAAUGUCAACUGUAGUGAUUCCACCGGUGUUAUCAUCACCCCGUGAUGAUGCCAUGCAUUUGUACAAAGCUUUCAAAGGACUUGGUUGCGACACUGCAGCAGUUAUCAAUAUUCUUGCUCAUCGUGAUGCAACACAGCGUGCUCUCAUUGAAAGUGAGUACAAAACUAUGUACUCUGAAGAACUGACCAAACGCCUGUCUAAAGAGCUCAGUGGAAAUCUCAAGAAAGCUGUGUUACUGUGGAUGCCUGAUCCCGCACGAAGGGAUGCAAUGAUACUGCAUGAUGCUCUAACAACUGACAUUGAUCUAAAAGCAGCAACAGAAGUUAUCUGCUCUCGAACUCCAUCUCAGAUACAACACCUUAAGCAGCUUUACCAUACACUUUAUGGUACAUACAUUGAGCAUGCCAUUCAAACUCAAGCUUCUGGUGACCUUGAAAAGUUUCUUUUGGCAUAUUUGAGUACACCACGUAGUGAAGGUUUUGAAGUUGAUAGAACUAUGGUGGAUCAAGACGCUAAAGCUCUGUAUAAAGCUGGGGAAAAGAGAUUGGGAACUGAUGAGAAGACAUUCAGAAUGAUUUUCUGUGGCAGAAGCAGGGCACAUAUGGCUGCUGUCAGUACUGCGUAUCAUAGCAUGUAUGGGAACACGCUGAAGAAGGCGGUGAAAAGUGAGACUUCGGGUAACUUUGAGCAUGGUUUGGUCACCGUCGUACAAUGUGCUGAGAAUCCUGGGAAGUACUUUGCCAAGGUACUUCGUAAAGCAAUGAAAGGUCUGGGAACGAAUGAUAAAACACUCAUAAGGGUAAUUGUCACAAGGGCUGAGAUCGAUAUGCAGUAUAUCAAGGCAGAGUAUCAUAAGAAGCAUCAUAAGAGUCUGAAUGAUGAUGUUCACUCCGAGACAUCUGGCCACUACCGUACCUUUCUUCUUUCACUAUUGGGCCCAAAUCAACAUUAGGUAGUGGCAUAUAUGUCCAAUGUGUUGGAAAACUAGGGAAGUAUGUUUCAAGUAUCUGUGCUUUUAUGUUU